CUAAUUGUUAUUAUAAUAUUAAGCCAAAGAAUCUAUUCUUCUAUUUACAAAAGUGACACUCGUGUUGUAGAACUUAUUGGGAUAGUACUGUUUCCAAUUAGAUAAUCAUUUAAUUUUUUUUAUAUUUUUAAUAAUGGAAACAAUAACAGGUCAAUCUUUGCUAAAUUAUCCUCCCGAUACAUUAUAUCAAAUUCGGAAAAUGUUCAAUUUGGAAAAACCGGGCAGAAUGAAAGAGGCCAUAGACAUUUUGGAAGCAUGGAUUAAACAGCAAGAGCAUUUUGAAUCGAAAAGUUUUGAUAGAAAUUAUUUAGAAAUACUAAUAAUUGCCUGUAAGGGUUCAUUAGAGAAGGCUAAACAGAAAAUCGACAAGCUGUGCACUUUGAGGACGUUAGCACCAGAGUAUUUUGGUUGUGAGCUAACCCUUGAGAGAGAUGGUCGCAAAUUAUGUAUUUACGGUGUAAUGCCAAGGUUGACAUCUAAUUAUCAUAUAAUCGUUGUGGCGAAAAUGCUGCCAGCUGAGCUGAAUCCAGACGAUCAUUUACUUCUUGUGAAGGAUUGGAUUAUCAGCAAUGAAUAUCUUACCAGAACAGCGUACAACUUAGGCGUCAUACUAGUGGUGGACUACCGGGAAUGUAACAUGAAAGACAUGCUUAUGGCAUUCAAUAUGUCUGUAGUUCGCAAGUACAUCACUAUAAUGCAAGAAGGAUUUGGGGUCAGAUCAAAAGGCUUGCACUAUUUGUCGAAUUCAAAACUAUUGAACAAUUUCCUAGCCUAUUUGAAGCCGUUGCUGCCUGAGAAAAUAUCGAAUCGUGUUUAUGCUCACAACGAUUUGGAGUCGCUACACAAAGAAGUACCAAGGGAAUUAUUGUGUGAGGAUUUAGGAGGCGAUGAGCCACCACUUUCUGUACUCCAUGAUAAUCGUGUAAAGUACGUGGGAUCUAAGGAACAUAUCGAGUACAUGAAAGAAUCGUUGAAACAGCGAACAGACGAGUCUAAGAGAAUAGGCGAGAAGAUCGACGUAGACUUUUUGCCAGGAACAUUCAGAAGUUUGAAUGUAGAUUUUAUUCGUUUGAAUAACAACGUCAUCGUUAUAAUGCAAGAGAUACCUAAAAAUCAUCUUUUGAAUUUUAACCCAAACACUUUAAAUGAUAUCAAGAAGUUAUACAAUUUGGAUGAACCAAAAAGAAUGGACGAAGCUAUUGACAUUUUACAAGAAUGGGUGCAUAAGCAAGAUCACUUUAUCGUCAAAGAUUUUGAUAGAAAUAUAUUAGAAAGAAUGAUUAUAUGUAACAAAGGACAAUUGGAGCGCACUAAACAGAAACUCGACAAAUAUUGUACAUUCAGAACCUUACUGCCCGAAUAUUUCCAGCCUAUCAAUGUGAAAAUGGAAUUUCCUAAUUUAUACGAAUUAACCGACGGAAUUUUGCCAAAAUUAUCACCAGAAAAUCAGAGGGUGUACUUUUGUAAAACAACCGUUCAGAAACCUUCAGGAUUAUUGUUUAGGAAUUAUUACCGUCGUAUGAUCAUCAUGUGGGAAUACUUACAGAGAUUUGAUUAUUCCGUUGGUUAUAUAUUUGCUUAUGAUAUGCGUGAGUUGAAUUUGAAGGACUGCAUUCUUACUGUCGGAAUGCAUGGUGCUGAACUAAGACAGACUUUUGCAAUGAUGAAGGAAGGCUUUGGAGCAAGAAUACAGAAACUUGUUUUUAUAACUGAUUCAAAAUUGAUAAACAACCUGAUUCCUACUGUGACACCACUUCUCAGCAGAAAGGUAGCAAGUAGAAUCACAGUCAUUGACGAUAUAAGAAAAUUGAGCACCGUGAUUCCUUUAGAUUUACUGCCGACUGAAUAUGGGGGCAAUGAAAGACCUCUAGCUGAAAUACAUGAGGCCUGGUUAAAUGCGAUCAGUUCAAAAGACCACAUAGAGUAUAUGAAGAAAAAAAUUAAUAUGAGAACUGACGAAACAAAGAGACAAGCAGAUGUAUUUAAUGACGAGUAUUUAGGAAUGCCCGGCACUUUUAGAAAUUUUAACGUAGAUUAAACGUAUUUUUGAAAUUUUACUCUGGAGUGUUAAUAUACUUAUGUAUUGUUAAUAUAAUAGGUUUAUUAAGCAUACAAAAUAUAUUUCGGCAUAUCGAGUACGA